UUGGUCAAAUUGAUAGUGUGUACACCUCUCAUCGCUCCCGAUAAAAAAGCCCGAAGUCUAGGGUUAGGGUUGGCUUAUUUCAGAUCUAAAAACUUUCAAAUGGCGAUGAGGAAUUUCUACAAGGAGAUAAAGGGGUUGAAAGUGAAGGACCUUCCUGCUCACAUGAAGCCGAUGUUUACAAUUGAUUAUCUGAAAGGAUCUGUCAAGCGUGGAUUGGAUUCUUAUCAUGCUAAGUACAUUCAGACCAGCUCUGUUGACCCUGUUUAUCAUGUUUGUUUUGGGGGUAUGAUCUUCUCUUAUCUCGUUGCUCUUCCUGAGGAGCGUAGGCAUCUUGAGCAUCAGAAGCACGCCAAGGAAGGUCAUUAAUUGCUUAAUUGAGCUUCAAGAAAAUAAGGAUUUGGUUCGCUGCUUUCCCUAAAAGGACAAUGAUGAAAGCCUUUUAGAUUUUUUCUUUCCAUCUUGCAUGUAAACUGUCUUGUACUCUAUACAUCGUGGGCCAUUUCUACCUCAUAAUAAUUUUUGUGACAUUUGUUUGAAGGUUCUAGUAAAGAUGUUUUUGCGCUAGUAACCAAGUAGUUUGAUUGGGAAACAGACUUGUUCACCUUUUGUUUAAAUGCAGCUUGUAUUGUUGGCAACACAUCUUUAAAACAGUCUUAAUUGGCUGGUUCUUUUCA